AGCAAUUGAGAACUCAAACGUACGUACAUAUAUGGAUAAAUUACAUUUCUUUUUUAUUUUAGGAAAGAUACAUUACAUUUCUAAUAUUUGAUAUAUAAAUUCAUAUAAACCAAAUGUAACAUUCUUUUUCUUGACCGUAUAUAGUUUUUCAAGAGUAAAUUCUUUCUAUUCCAAGGUUUUCAAUUCGCUCUUCGAUUAUUAUGAUUUAAUUAUUCUUUUAUAUUUAUUUAUUUAUAUAAUAACAUAUAAAAGGCACGAGGCAAAUGAUUUCAUUCAUUUUUGCUUAAAUUUAAGGAAACUCGCUCACGAAAAAAAAAAAAAAGAAGAAAAAAUUAAGGAAACUCGAAGAAAUUUGACAUGUUUAGUAGACUACCCUUUCUCUCUCCCUCUCUCUUUCUAGUGUUCAGUUUCUCUCUCUGAAAUCUAUAAUGUUUUGUCUAGUGAGAGAGAACUCUUCGCCAAAUAACUAGUGUUUCUCACUUUUCUUGCCACAUUGUCCUUAACACAUGUGUAGCUUGGAUUUUCCAUCACUUACCCUUGUAGCUUCUGUAUCUAUCUAUACACACACACAUAAUCUUUCUUCCCCUAUUAUUAUUAUUUUUAUUAUUGAUAUUGUUUGUUUCAUUUGCAUGUUUCAGAUACCCAACAACGCAAAGCAUUCUUUUUUUUUUUUCUUCCAUAAAUAUAUAUAUAUUUAGAUAUAUAAUAUAUAAUAUAAACACAGUUGCAAGUUUAACAUUUUUGCCUAUUCUCAUUCGCGAACUCUUGUGCAUGUUUUGAGUCACUGCUUCUUUCGUGAUCUUUAUGUGUUUGAGGGGAUGAAAUACAUAUAUCUAUUUUUUUACUCUCUCUGUCUUUUUUAUUAAAUGGGUAUUGGUUUUUCUGUGAAUUAUAGUGAAGUUUGUUUGACUUUGGUCGUUUGAAGCUGCUGGUUCUUCUGGGUUUUGAUUUAAUUGGGUCGUUUCACCCUGAUGUGAUGGCUCCUGUUAGAGGCUCUAAAAAGAGGAAGAAGACAGAAAAGAAGCCUGAGGAAAAUGCUUAUGGUUCUGGGUCAUCUGAGAGGGAUGGUCCUCUUGAUUGGUGGGAUGAAUUAUUGAGGAGAAUUAAUGGUAUACAAUGUCCAUCAAAAGGUGUUGACAAGUUUGAAUCUGUUUUCAAGAUUUCUCGGAAAACUUUUGACUACAUAUGUUCACUUGUAAAGGAAGAUAUGAUGGCUAAGUCAGCUCAUUUUGUGUUCGCAAAUGGAAAAUCUUUGUCUUUAUGUGAUCAAGUUGCUGUCGCACUAAGGAGGCUGAGCUCUGGUGACUCGCUUGUGACAAUUGGCGAUUUGUUUGGCGUGAACCAUUCAACUGUCUCUCAAGUGACAUGGCGAUUUGUAGAAUCAAUGGAAGAACGGGGACUUCACCACCUACAAUGGCCUUCCACCGAAGCAGAAAUGACAGAAAUCAAGUCCAAAUUUGAGAAAAUAAGAGGCUUCCCUAACUGCUGUGGUGUCAUUGAUACCACUCACAUCACAAUGUGUUUGCCUGCUUCAGACCCGGCCGGUAAUGUAUGGCUUGACCAUGAAAAGAACCACAGCAUGAUAUUGCAGACAGUAGUGGAUGCCGAUAUGAAAUUUCGGGACAUAGUCACUGGAUGGCCUGGGAAAAUGAAGGAUUGGUUAGUGUUUCAGAACUCAAAUUUUUACAAACUUAGUGAUAAAGGAGAGAGGCUGAAUGGGAAGAAAGUGGAGAUUUCAAAAGGAUUAGAAAUAAGGGAGUACAUAAUUGGUGAUUCAGGAUUUCCUCUGCUGCCCUAUCUUGUAAUCCCAUAUGAAGGAAAAGACCUCCCAGAAUCAAAAAUUGAGUUCAACAAGCGCCAUUCUGCAACUCGAAUGGUUGCUCAACGAGCAUUGGCGAGACUCAAGGACACAUGGAGGAUCAUUCAUGGAGUAAUGUGGAGACCUGACAAACACAGACUUCCAAGAAUCAUUCUGGUUUGCUGCUUGCUUCAUAACAUUGCCAUUGAUAUGCAAGAUGAGGUGCAAGAUGCACUGUCUUUGUCUUCCAACCAUGACUCUGGUUAUCAUCAAGAAAUAUGCGGAACCACUGACGUUGAUGGUGUGAACCUCAGAGACAAGCUAGCCCUCUACCUGUCUGCAAGGUUACCACCUUGAUUGUUUUUCAUUUGGGAUUUGGUCAAAUUAAUUCUUGUUUUUAAAAGAUUGCUGCCUUUCGAUCUAUUAUUUACUUUUUCGAGACAGGAUCAGCUCUUGAAAAUCAUUGAGAUGAAAUUAUAUUAAAUUCUGUUUUUCAUUAA